AUGUUCUCGGAGCUGAAAUUAAUUCUUAUUCAGGAACUGAAGAAGUCAAUCUCGGUGCACUUGGUGCCUGAUAGGGCCCACAAUGACGAGUUGAUCCCAGACGUUUAUCUGAAUGUUGCAAGUUCUGGCAAAGCCGAAGCGUCAUCGCAAGGCUUAAGUACAAAUGAUAGCAGUGGUUCGUCUGCUGGACGCAGUUCCUCUCGUUCCAGCUCGAGAACAAAAUUUCGUCCGACGCUGGGCGCAUUAGAUGAAGCUGGCGUUCCUUCAACUGACUUCUGA